AUGGAAAAGUUUAACCCAAAGCGAAUUUUUAAAACUGAUAAAAAAUCUAAAGUGGAAAAACUCACCGAGAAAAUCGGAGUUGAACCGUUCGCUCUCCCAACUUACCUACAAAACGAAAAUAACGCCGCUUUGAUUCUUCAAGCGAUAAAACAGAUGAAUGUCGAUGACACUGCCAUCUUCAUUCAAUGGAAUCAUCAAGGAUUCAAUGACACCACGAUGCCAAAUUGUCGUAAUGGCGUUUAUGGUCAAACACUAGACGCCAUUGUCGCCUAUAUUGUAGGAAGUGGUGGUGUCAAUUUUUACGAUAUGAACACCUUGUUUUUGUUUAAAGGAAACUUUGCAAUUGCUAGUUGUCAAUAUGGUUUUCCUCAUUGGAGUCAUCAUCAGACGGGUAUUCCGGAUGUUUGUCAUUCGAUUUGUAGAAUAAACAAAUUAUCGACUACUGGACGAAUCGAUUAUGAACCCUUCGAUUAUCCUUUUGUGGUGUAA